CUGCUAUCGUUCCACAUAGCGUUCUCGGGCCGAUCGAUCGUUUAUCCAGGGAAAACGCGAGAACGAGGUUCAGAUCGCUUAUCGUACCCUAAUCAACACAACGAGUACGUUACUCGCUUGAUUCGCAAUUUCGAACCGCGUGAUCUUUAUCGAUAGCUAAAAAGCGAAAAUAACGGGAUAUUUUGUAAAAAUUGAUAUCGGUUCGAAAUGGCAGGGAUCGUAAGCAACGCUUAUACCCGAGUGACAGCGUCGAAGAGCGAAUUCAAUUGGAAAAUUGAUAAUUACAGCAAUCUGAACAAAAAACCAAAGGAGUUCUUGAAGUCGCCGGAAUUCAAAGUUGACGAAAGCGAAAAUUUGUUCUACCUAGAAUUGUAUCCAUCGGGAUUCCAGCCGGACUCGUCGGGACAAUACAAAUUCGCCGACAUAUUCUUGUGUCAAGUUCGCGGCGAAGCGCUCGAGUGUCGUUGCCAGAUUCUGUUUUGGGGCGACGGCGAGCCCGCCGUAAUCGUGAAGCCGGGCAUGUGUUCGUUCGACGCCGACUCAAAAAAAUUUUUGAUCCCCAAAGUUUUCCCGAUAGACGAAACGAGCGCAGUGUUGGUCAAGGACUACAUGGAACUCCGCCUCGACGUUACCAUCUUCACCAACGAGUGCGAGUCGUCGGUGAACGUCUCAAUCGAUAUAAGCUCCGACGAGAGCCCGCGAUUGGACUGCAGCAGAUUAUUUUUGACCAAACACUUGAGCGACAUGAGUUUCCGAUCCAAGUGCGGAAAACUCGUGGCAGCUCACAAAGCCAUUGUGGCCUCGGCGAGUCAAGUAUUUGCAAAAAGGCUCGUCCAAAACGAGCUGGAAAACAAUGUUUAUAUAACGGUCUUCGAGUACGAGACUCUCAUCGAAAUGUUGCGGUACAUUUACACGGGUCAGCCGAAAGAGACAAUUUCCACCCAUGUCAUUUGUAAUCUCGUGGAAGCAGCCGACACUUACGCCAUGAAAGGAUUGAAGAGUAAGUGUGAAAAGAUGCUGAUCUCCAGUUUAACAACCGAAAAUGCAAUAAGCGUACAUAAAACGGCUUAUUUACACGAUUGUACUCAUUUGUUAGAAAAAGUUAAAGAAUUUAUCAAGUUUCGUAGCCAGGAAAUUACUGAAUCAGAUGAAAUGUACGGGUUACUGGGUGAUUGUAUGGAGGUUGAUUUAAUUAAAUCAAUGUUAAAAAAGUAGUUAGACAGAAAGAACAUAUUUUAUGAGUGUAUUUAAUUAUUUAUGGUUAUUUCAAACUUUGUUAUUUAAUU